AUGGAAACUCUGCCGGAAGCUCAGGCACUGCUGAAAGGCCAAGCACAGUUAUGGCAGCACAUGUUUGCUUUUGCAGACUCGAUGGCUCUAAAAUCUGCUGUGGAGCUACGAAUAGCUGACAUCAUACACUCUCAUGGUGGACCUGUCACCUUAUCCCAAUUAUCCUCUUCCAUUAACUCACCUUCAAACAAUCCUGACAUCUCCUACCUCAAACGCAUCAUGAGAUUGCUCGUUCGUCGGAACAUCUUCACCGUUGACCUUUCACCGGACGGUAAAGAAACCCUCUACGGGUUGACCAAUGUGUCUAGAUGGUUAGUUCAUGACUCUGACUUGACACUAGCUCCUAUGUUAAUAAUGGAGAACCAUCCAUCUGCGAUGAAUCCCUGGCAUUUUCUCAGUGAAUGUGUGAAAGAAGGUGGGAUUGCGUUUCAGAAGGCUAAUGGGUAUGAGAUUUGGGAAUUUGCUUCCAGAUAUCCUGAGUUUAAUGUUAUGUUCAAUAGUGGAAUGGCUUGUACUGCUAGAGUAGUGAUACGUGCAAUUUUAGUAGGGUAUAAAGAUGGAUUUGGUUGCAUGGGAUCACUGGUUGAUGUUGGUGGUGGAACUGGAAAUUUAGUAGCUGAGAUUGUUAAAUCACAUCCACACAUCAAAGGUAUCAACUUUGAUUUGCCUCAUGUUGUUGAUACAGCACCGGUUUAUGAAGGUGUGUCUCAUGUUGGAGGUGACAUGUUUAAGGCCAUACCAAAUGCUGAUGCAGUUAUCAUGAAGUGGAUAAUGCAUGAUUGGGGAGAUGACGAUUGCGUAAAGAUAUUGAAGAAUUGCCGGAAAGCCAUACCGGAGAAGAAAGGGAAGGUUAUUAUCGUUGAUAUAGUUUUGAAACCAGAGGGUAAUGACCUGUUUGAUGAUACUGGUUUGGUUUUUGAUCUGUUAAUGAUUGCACAUUCUUCUGGUGGAAAGGAAAGAACUGAGGCUGAAUGGAAAAUAUUGUUGGAAGAAGGAGGCUUCCCUCGUUACAAUAUUAUCAAGAUUCCAGCUUUAACUUCCAUUAUUGAGGCCUUUCCUCAGUAAAAUUUGUAAUUAUUAGGUAUAUCGUCAGUUAAUAUGUAUAACUACGAGAGAGUCGAAAACUUUUAUGAUGUGAGGUUUAAAGAGGGAUUACACAUCAUGAUUUUAUAAAAAAGAAAAACUCUGUGAAAAAUAAAAGAUUUUUUUUUCCUCUA